CAGCUCGCCCUCAGCCGGUGCUGCGACUUCGCUCCCUCGGCCGGGCUCUCUGCUGGUUGUUGGGUACUUUUGGUGAACUUUUCUUCCACUGCGCGGUGCGUUUCGCGUGACUGCUCAGGGAGGUUUUUUUUUUUUUUGGAAAACUCCCUGGUGCAAAAAUGGACUGAAGCAACGAGCCAAAAACGUGUGGAUACUUAGAAAUUAAAAAAAGAAAAGAAAAAGGAGAGCUUUUCUGUAGAGAGCGACCUUUCUGAGGGUUGAGUUACCGACAUGGAAGAGGACUACGGGCAUCAGGAGAACGGCAUCCCCGCAGCCAAAGACUCGGACCGACAGCAGCGGCUGAGGCUUUGUGUUUUAAAUGAAAUACUGAACACCGAGAGGGAUUAUGUUCGGACGUUGCUUUUCCUUCAGUCGGCAUUUUUGCACAGACGCAAACAAACUCCAGAUGACCAACAGUGUCUCUCACCUGAACAUGUCAAGAUUCUGUUUUCAAAUAUUGAGGACAUCCUUGAGUUGCAUAAAGAGAUGUUGUCUGCAGUGGAGGCCAGCCUGUCGCCUGAACCUCAGCCUCAACAUGCACUGGGACACGUGUUCCUCCAGUUUAAGGAGAGUUUCUCAGUAUACGGCGAGUACUGCAGUAACCAUGAAAAGGCUUUGCGGCUUCUCAUGGAGCUGAACAAGAACCCCCACAUAAGGGCCUUCCUACUGCACUGUAUGCUGCUUGGAGGGAAGAAAAGCACAGAUAUUCCCCUGGAGGGCUACCUCCUCACUCCCAUUCAGAGGAUUUGCAAGUACCCCCUGCUGCUGAAGGAACUGCUAAAGAGGACUCCAAAGAAGCAUGCAGAUUAUCCUGCAGUGGAGGAGGCUCUGCAGGCCAUGAAGGCUGUCUGCUCCAACAUCAAUGAGACUAAAAGGCAGAUGGAGAAACUGGAGGCUCUGGAACAGCUGCAGUCCCACAUUGAAGGCUGGGAGGGAACCAACUUGACAGAUAUCUGCACGGAGUUGCUGCUUCAUGGAAGUCUCCUUAAAAUUUCAGCAGGCAACAUCCAGGAACGCAUCUUCUUCCUGUUUGACAACCUUUUGGUUUACUGUAAAAGGAAGUCCAGGGUUUCUGGAAAGAAGUCCACCAAGAGGACCAAGUCUAUCAAUGGGCCCCUCUAUUUGUUCAGAGGCCGAAUCAACACAGAGGUGAUGGAGGUGGAAAAUGUGGAGGAUGGGACAGCGGACUAUCACAGCAACAACUACACAGUGACCAAUGGUUGGAAGAUCCACAACACGGCUAAAAACAAGUGGUUUGUCUGCAUGGCCAAAAAUGCUGAGGACAAGCAGAAGUGGCUGGAUGCCAUCUUGAAGGAGCGGGAGCAAAGAGAGAGUCUCAAACUGGGAAUGGAGCGGGAUGCCUAUGUGAUGAUUGCUGAAAAGGGUGAGAAGCUCUACCACAUGAUAAUGAUGUCCAAGAGUCGGCACCUGAUCAAGGACAGGAGAAGGAAGCUCACCAAUGUGCCCAAAUGCUUCAUGGGAAAUGAAUUCGUGUCAUGGCUCAUAGAGAGCGGAGAGAUCAGUAAACCUGAAGAAGGAGUCAACCUCGGACAAGCCUUAUUGGAAAAUGGCAUCAUCCACCAUGUGUCAGACAAGCACCAGUUCAAGAACGAGCAGGUGAUGUACCGUUUUCGCUACGACGAUGGAACCUACAAGGCCCGCAGUGAGAUGGAGGACAUCAUGUCGAAGGGCGUCAGGCUUUACUGCCGGCUUCACAGCCUCCACACGCCUAUCAUCAAGGACAGAGACCACCAUCUAAAAACCUUUAAAUCAGUGGUGCCUGCAAGCAAACUGGUGGACUGGCUGCUCUUGCAGGGAGACUUCACGACCCGAGAGGAUGCGGUGACGCUGGGUGUGGGGCUCUGUAACAGCGGCUUCAUGCACCACGUUUUGGAGAAGAGCGAGUUUAAAGAUGAUUCCCAGUUCUUCCGUUUCUAUGCGGACGAGGAAACCGAGGGAACCGGCACCAAGAGCAAGCAGCUCCAGCGAAAUGACUUCAAACUCAUUGAAAACAUCUUAGUCAAAUCCCUUGUGAUUCACCCCGAGGAGGAAGGCUACGGCUUUGAGAUUGAGGAGAAGAACAAGGCCAUCGUUGUGAAAUCUGUCACCAGGGGCUCACACGCUGAGAUGGCUGGCCUGCAGGUGGGCAGGAAGAUCUACACCAUCAACGAGGACCUGCUGUUCCUCAGGCCUUUCUCAGAGGUUGAAACCAUGAUCAGCCAGUCCUUCUGCAUACGACGCUCCCUGCGGCUGCUGGUUGCCACCAAGGCCAAGGAGAUUGUAAAAAUCCCAGACAACCCAGAGAGCCUGUCCUUCAGACUGAGUGGCUCUGCUCCUCCUCAUGUCCACGCUGUCAGGAAAGGGUGGGAGGCAGCGGCGUCAGGUCUUCAGCCGGGCCAGGUAAUCCUGAAGGUCAAUGGCAACAAUGUCAAUCAGAGCGACUACCAAGAGGUCCUGGAGCACUUCACAGCUCAGCACACUCACCAGGAACCUCUCCAAGCUUGUCACUGGGUGUAUCGUGCUUUUGAGGAUGUGGAAGAGCUACAAAGAGAGAGGGGUGCACAUGAGAAGGAGGAUAGCCCUUUCAAGCCUUGCCCAAUGGAGAACGGCUCUGACCACGAAGAGGACAAAGGCACCAAUGGAACAGACUACACACUGGACAGACUUUCCCUGUCUGAGCUGCCUCUGGUCAGUCUGACAGUUGAUAACGUCCACCUGGAGCAUGGCGUGGUAUAUGAAUACGUGAGCACUGCUGGUAUCAAGAGCCACGUCCUGGAGAAGAUAGUGGAGCCCAAAGGCUGCUUCAGCCUCACUGCUAAAAUCCUGGAGGCAUUUUCCGGUGAUGACAGCCGCUUCGUUCAGAACUGCAGCCAGCUCAUCUCCCAGAGCGACCGGGUUGUUACCAUGCCUCAAUACGAGUUCAGACAAAUCUGCGACACCAAGCUGGAGAGUAUCAGAAAGCGUAUCAGCAACUAUCAGCAGUUUGCUCUGGAACUGAGGAACAAGGUGUGGCCCUCGGUCAGGCAGGCUGGGGUUCGCCCUCACCCAUUGGGCUGCAUGGACUUUGUUCCCACCAACUGCCACGUCAACUUGAUGCAGGUCUCCUACCCCAAAAGCGCUACCACUGCCGGCAGGACUUUCAGCAUCCGUUUUGGUCGCAAAAACUCUAUCUUUGGCCUGGACCCUGACCAAGCACAACUGAACCCCAUGUCCCACACGCAACAUUGCAUGACCAGCAUGGGAGCUCCAUCCUGGAGCUGUUCUGGUUUGGAAGGGGAUGAGGCAGAUGGCAGUGGAGAAUUUAAUGCUGAUGGAGGGGAGGGCUUGAAUGACAGUCGCCACGGAGAAGGAGGCUUGAGUUUCCUGCUCAAACAGGAAGACACGGAGACACAGGAUGCCUAUAUUCACUUGUACAGUCGUUUGGAUGUUGCUGUGAGGGAGAUGAAGCAGUAUGUUGCUCAAAUAGAUGUGCUACUGUCAUCCAUCACUGAGCCUACAGAGCUCCAAGGAGAGGGUGGGGAGCCUCCAGUCGACGAGGAAAGUCAGCCACCCCCUCUGGCCUCCUGCGAGAAUGGCUGUGACCAGGACAAAGGGGAGCAAGGCGGCACUAAAAGAGUCUGCUUUAAGGUGAACGAGGAGGACCAGGAGGACUCUGGCCAUGACACGAUGAGCUACAGGGACUCCUACAGUGAAUGCAACAGCAACAGAGACUCCGUCCUGUCCUACACCAGUGUACGAAGUAACAGCUCUUACCUGGGGAGUGAUGAGAUGGGAUCAGGGGAUGAGCUGCCGUGUGACAUGAGGAUUCCCUCUGACAAGCAGGACAAGCUGCACGGCUGCCUCGAGCACCUUUUCAACCAGGUUGAUUCCAUCAACAGCCUGCUCAAAGGACCCGUCAUGACCAAGGCCUGUGAGGAGACCAAGCACUUUUACUCUGACCACAGCCAGCCAGAGUUUCGCCAGACCGAAGACUGGACCGGUCGCUGUCGGUCCAUUAUCCACAAGCACAUCCAGGAAGACCCCUGGAACCUCCCCAGCUCUAUCAAAAACCUUGUGGAGAACCUGCAGAAAUUUGUGGAUGAUGGAAAGAACCAGCUUCUCCUGGCUCUGCUCAAGUGCACAGACACGUCUUUGCAGCUUCGAAGGGACGUGAUCUUCUGCCAGGCGGCAACGGGCGCCCUGUGCACGCUAGCCGAACAGGUGCUGACGGCAUUGCAUUCCCGGUUCAACAACGCUGGCGAGUACCAGGAAGACAGCAAGGAAACCAGCCGAAAGUGGCUAGAGCAGAUAUCAGUUAUUGGUGUUUUGCUGCACUUCCAGUCCACACUAGCUCCACACCUGAAAGAGGAGCGGACCAUGCUGGAGGACACCAAGGCGGCCCUAUUGGAUUUGGACAAAGUCACUGUGUUCUUCAGGCAACUGGAGGAUGAGUGUCUAGUCACAAACACACCAGUGUGUUACCAGGUGGAGGGCAGCAGACACGCCCUGAGGGUCACGCUUUACCUGGACAGCUGUCACUUCAGUGAGCUGCCCAGUCGGCUGCAAAAUGGAGGCAGCCUCAAACUCCACACCGUCCUCUUCACCAGAGCUUUGGAGCGUCCAGAGGGGGUGUCCCAGCAGGACUGCGUUGCCAUGGAGGAGUUCCAGCAGCGCACCAAUGCUGUCUCACUGGAGAAAGCCAAGGCCUACUACCGCAGACUCAGGGCUUUCUAUUUGGAGAAGUCUAAUCUCCCUACAGACUCCAACACCACAGCAAUGAAGAUAGACCAGAUACUGGGCCUUGAAGUUAGAGACCUUCAACCAAGCAUUUCCAAACUGCUGAGACCCCUCAACACACUGGAUGAGCUUUGUCGACUAAUGCGGUCGUACAUCAACAUGCGCCCGAGUGCCCAAGGCCACCCGUCAGGUGCCAGCGUGCUGUGUGUGUCCUCUGAGCUGUGUAACCGCCUGGGAGCCUGCCACAUCACCAUGUGUGGCACAGGCAUGCAGAGAUGUACUCUAACUGUGACACUGGAGCAGGCAAUCAUCUUAGCCAGGAACCAUGGCCUCAUGCCACGCUGCAUCAUGCAGACCAUGGACAUAAUGCGCAAACAGGGGGCAAGAGUUGAGCUGUCUGCUAAGAAUCUCAAGGUAAUGGACCAGAUGCCUCCAUCAGCUCCAAGGCUCUUCAAGCUAUGCUUGCCACCAUCAGAUGGAGACCUCUAAGAAUACUGUCACUUCAGAGAAGUCAUUAAAGAGAGGGUGAAUGAGGAACUGGAAGAUAUUAGAGAUGAUGGAAGCAAAAGCAAAGGCCAGUGGAAAAAAAAAUCUGCCUCUCCCCAUUGCCCCAGUUACAGAGGGAUCAUUCCAGUGUGGAUCAUUCCAGUCUUCAGAGCACCUACAGUGAGACUGAGGCAACCUGAGGCUUGGAACUAGUUAUGUAUUAUUUUACUGGAGCUAACCAUACAGAAACAUUAUUGUGUUGGAUCUCCUUCCAAACAGAGUUCACAUGAAUGACUUAACUGGUUCAAAAUAUUCACAACAUGAGGAAAAGGGAGGAAAAAAAAAACAAAACAAUAACAGUGGUUAUGUUCACAGUUGAGCUUGUAUUAUUAACUGGAUUAACCAAACUACCUGUAGCUGACUGUCAUCCAAAAUGCAGACGUCAUUCAUUUUGCCUUGGACUGCAAAUUCCAGAGAGCUGUCUGUUUCCCUGUUUGGGCUGGUGUUCCCCAGGGCUCAAUGUGUGGACCCCUUGUGAAGUAGAAUACUUGAAUGCCCUGUUAUUCGUGCAUGAUGCUGGCUUAUUAAAUGCAGAAAGUCAAAGAUUAGACAGAGAGAUGGAAGUAGGGACUGAGGGGCAG